UUCCAAGUUUAUAGGGAGCAAGUUCUUCUGACAACCUCCUGAAUUAGUGAAAUUUCAGACUUUCUCCACUCUUCACCAAGCUUGUUAAUUAAUAUUGCAAAACUAAUGGAGUAUAAAUGGUCUGUGCCCUUGACAAUAUUAUUGGCAUUUACAUUAGCGCUUCUUGUGAAUUGUGACGAGUACUCUUCGUGGAAUGUAGCAGCAGCAGGUCCGCCUAAAAAGGCCUGUCCUCAAUGCAACGUGCAUCGAACAACGCCGAGUCCGGGUUCACCUGGAGCUUCUUUGACAAGCCAGCAAUGCAACUGCGGUCAAGGUGUACCAAAAGGUAAUACAUAUAAUCGGGGCAAGGUUGGGGGCGGGGGCGGGGGCACAUGCUGUCACGGUGCCGUUCGGGACUACUUAAAGACGGACCAGUUUGAGAACAUCUUCUCGAACCGUAACUCCCUUGAGGUUGAGACCCAAGCAAACAAGGGAUUUUUGGACUACCAGUCUUUUAUCACCGCCUCUGCUCUCUACCAGCCCUAUGGCUUUGGUACUACCUACAUGAAUUGGACGUUCUUUGGGACCAAGGAAGUUGCAGCUUUUCUCGCCCAUGUUGCCUCCAAAAUCUCCUGUGGAAAUAAAUUGGCCACCAUGGAUCAAUUAGCAUGGGGUUCAUGCUAUAACAAGAAAAUGAAUUCCAACUCAAAUUAUUGUGAUGAGCACUACAAAAAAGCUUAUCCAUGUGCUCCUGGAGUUGCAUACUUUGGUCGUGGUGCUCUACCUAUCUAUUGGAACUACAAUUAUGGAGAAGCAGGUAAAGAUUUGAAGGUGGAUUUGUUAAACCAUCCAGAAUACAUUGAGCAAAAUGCUACCUUGGCCUUCCAAGUUGCGAUUUGGAGGUGGAUGAUGCCAAUUAAAAAACAUCAACCUUCAGCACAUGAUGUCUUUCUUGGCACCUGGACACCCACCAAAAAUGACACUCUAGCCAAGCGAGUUUCUGGAUUUGGUACUACCAUGAACGUGCUCUAUGGAGAUCUUGUUUGCGGUCAUGGUGAUAAUGAGUCCAUGAACAACAUUAUCUCCCAUUACCUAUAUUACCUUGAUCUUAUGGGUGUUGGCAGAGAAGAAGCUGGGCCUCAAGAAGUGCUUAGUUGUGCUAAGCAAGUUGCUUUCAAUCCAUCUUUCUCCUCACCUCCUUGAGCUUUGUUUGGUUUUGAUGGAUAGUUUGCCCUUUGUUGAACUAAUCAUUUUUUUAAGGAGGUGCAUUUAUAAGGUUCUCUGAACCUAUCAAGUAACAAAAAGGAAAUGAUCAAACAUUAAGGGAGAGUAAUUGUACGUAUAAACUAUGUGUGUUUGUGUCUCCGUGUGAUGCUAUAUAUACUUGCUUGAAGGUCAAGAGUUUGUAUUUAGUGAUCUGUAACUGCCUUUUUGCUAGUGUUGUGCGGCUAUUAAGAUAUAAUUUUUGUUUUCAAGUUCUUAA